AUGGCUCGGUGUAAGAAUAAAAAAGGUCGAAAUAUUAGUAUUAUUACAAGCGCAAUGAUUCUACAAGAUCUUGUUUUCGAUUUUGUAUUUGUAAUAUUUAAUGGUAAAGAUGUACCCGAACUUUUCAUUUUUAGUUUAAUCACGUUAAUAAUUCCACUAGCCAUGAAUGGUGCCGUCGCUUUCUAUGUAAUACUAUUGGAAAGUUCGCGAAAUGAUAGAUUUAAUUCCUGGUUUCGAAAAUAUCCCCAAGUCGCUGCAACGUUCACCUUGUUUGCCUGUGGGGAUAUCGUUAUAUUGCGUGUGCUUACUUCUCAAGUAGCAGGCUUAAAAAUCUUUUCUGCUACGUUUUCCGAACGUGCUGAGACCAUUAUAUUUAUAGUGAGCACGUUGAAUUUAUUUCUCGAGGAUAUUCCGCACUUUAUUAUACGGCUUCUCUAUCAACGAAAUAUUGUCGAAUACGAUAUAAUUCCAUUGAUUGCAUUAUGGACUAGUGCAUUAAUUUUAUUAAAUACUGUUAUUGGUCGAUUGUAUUACGGUGUCCUACAACGUCAGAAAAGACGAAGAUACGAGGUGGCAAUUAGUCAAGAUAAAGCUGAACGGGAACUAGAUAAUGAAGAAUCAAUCGCAUAA